UCGGAGCGGGAGGUGGAGAUCAUCGUGGAGGAGCUGGAGCGAGGCAAGCACCUCCUCAUCAACCACUUCAACGCGGGCGUGCCCCUGGCCGCCAAGGCCGCCGCCUGGCACGACAUCCUGCGCCGCGUCAACGCCGUCGCGACCUGCCACCGCGAGCUGCCCGAGGUCAAAAAGAAAUGGUCCGACCUCAAGACCGAGGUGCGGCGCAAAGUGGCCCAAGUCCGGGCUGCCAUGGAAGGGGGAGGCGAGAGCCAGAACGGGAACGGCAACGGGCCGGAGAGCGAAGACCCAUCAGGCGCUGCGACCGCCCCAGUUAUCCUCACCCCGAUGCAGCAACGCAUCUGCAACUUGCUGGGAGAAGCCACCAUCAUCAGUUUGCCAAGUGGGGACUGCAGCGCAGGUGACGGGACUGAGAUACCCAUCACCGCGUCAGCCACCACGGUCACCCUGACCCAGAUUCCUGCAGAGACGACCUACCACAGUCUGGGGGAUGGAGUCGUGGAGUACUGCACAACAGAAGCCCCCACCACAGUCACUGCUGAAGCCCCCUUGGAGAUGAUGGCACAUCAGCACGAAGUGUCUGCGAAACCCCAGGAGCUGAAAAGCCGAAUUGCUCUGAACUCUGCCAAGCUCUUGCAGGAGCAGCGAGUGACCAACUUGCACGUGAAGGAGAUUGCCCAGCACCUGGAGCAGCAGAAUGACUUGCUUCAGAUGAUUCGUCGCUCUCAGGAGGUACAGGCGUGUGCCCAGGAGCGACAGGCACAAGCCAUGGAAGGAACACAGGCGGCACUGAGUGCCCUCAUCCAGGUCCUCCGCCCCAUGAUUAAGGACUUCCGUCGAUUUUUGCAGAGCAAUACACCCAGUCCGUCGGUCACCACUGACCCCAGCCAGACGGGGCAGCAAGAUGGCAUGAUCCAGUGAAAGAAACAGUGAUGGGAUGUCUGUCUUGGGGAAAAAAACCUGCCUGUGCUGCCAGUGGAUGCAGGGAGCGAGGGGUGCUAGCUCUUGUCAAUGUGAAACGACUCGCCUUAGAGUCUCGCUGAGCCUAAACAGCUUUCAUUCUCUGUUAAUCUUAUGCUAAUCUGCCUUUUCAGACUCGUCAUACAGAGCCCUAGCAGGAUGUGUAAUAAACCAGGAACUUAACAUUGGUUGCUUUAGUUCCUCAAACAAUAGAUUUAUUAAAAAA